AUGCCGGAAAUGAUAAGAGACAGAGUAAAUGAAGUUCUGGAGGAGAAUGACUCAUCAAGCGUUAUCCUGUCAACAGCCCUAUCUUCCUACGCUAUCUGGAAGCUGUACACCUGGGUCUAUCACCACGAGCUAUCCCUGUCGCAAAGAUUGAGACUUGGUUUCUUCGAGUUUGUCAAAUCGCUGCCGAUCAUCAGCGGAAAAGUGAAAGAACAGGUCGACGCGGAGAAAGCUGAGAUGGCUAAGAACCUCACCACCGCCGCUGACAAGUGGAUCAGUCAAAUUCCAGCUGACGAAAUGAAGGACGAAGACCUCAUCAAACUGAUGAAAGAAUACAUCGAUUACGACAAAAUCGACUGGCGAGGCGGCCGUCUUUCCGGCACCACUUUCGAGAGCAACGCCGAAAUCACGAAAUUAUGCGCCCUGAUCUACCCCCAGUUCAUGCUGCAGAAUCCACUCCACGCAGAUUUACAUAAAGGACUUCGGAAAAUUGAGGCUGAAGCGCUUUCCCAAGUUUUGAAUUUGUACAACGCCCCGAAAACCGGCUGUGCGCUGAUGACUGGAGGCGGAAGUGAGAGCCUCGGUUUGGCAGUUCUCGCCGCUCGAAAUCGCGCCCAUUCGCGCGGAAUCCGCUGGCCCGAAGUGAUCAUGUGUCGAACCGCUCACUCAAGCAUUGACAAAGCCUGUCACUAUUUCAGAAUAAAGCUGAUCAAGGUUGAUUAUGACUACUCGAGUUGGACAGCAAAUGUGAAGCAAAUGGCGGCGCAAAUUAACCGCAACACAUGUCUCAUCAUCGCCAGCGCGCCGGAUUAUCCACACGGGCUUAUCGACGAUAUCCAAGCUAUCUCCACGUCCCAAUAG